AUGGAUAUGCUAGAUGAAGCAAUUACUGAAGUCAACAGAAAAAUCGAGAGGGAAAGAUCGGUGAUUCAUGGAGCCCUUUCGAUGAAACGUUUGACGCAAAACCCGGUAGUUCAUCAACAGCUUCAUAGUAAUAUUGAAGAAGCGAAAAAGAGCAUAAUAUAUCUUGAAGAACGCCUCGGAAAACUGCAACUUCGAAAGUCAGGAAGCGUCUCAUCGAAGGGGUCCUCAGAGCCGACAUUGAAACCUCAAUACUCCAAUCCGAAAUCAUCAAAAAGUACCUCUUCUGGUCUGUCUAAUGUUGACUCCAACUUGGAUUUAUUGAACUACGAUGCCCCUUUGACGAUCAACAAAAUUUCGUUUUUGUUACAACAGUUGGAAUUUAAGCUUUCCGUUGAAGAACAAUAUCGAAGAGGUAUUGAGAAAAUGGCAAAGUUGUACGAACGUGAGCACGAUCGACGUAGCAUUGCUGAGGCGGAAAAGAAGUACGAAGAAAGUGCCCAGAAAAUCAGUUUGCUUCAACAGUCAUUAAAACGUUAUCAUGACUUGCAUAUUGAAAUUGAUGAAGAUGAUGUCCCCACUAAUGAAAGUCGACUAAACCUGAAUGCUCGGCGUCCUCAGUCCGGCUUACUGAAAAUAGGUGUGCAUUCUAUACGAAAUGUUUCUCAUUCUGCUGGAUUAUCAAAACACACGGAGACACUUGUAGUCAUUCGUGCUGAAGACCUUGAGCGCGCGAGGACGAGAACUAGUCGUGGAGGUAAAUUUUAUGACAACUUCGAAAUAAAUCUCGAAAAAACCAACGAAGUGGAAGUCAUCGUUUAUGAAAAAAAGAAUGAGAAAGUCUUGUUGCCUGUUGCAUUACUGUGGGUCCGUCUUUCAGAUUUGGUCGAAAAACAGCGUCGUAAAAAAGUCGAGCAAGAAGUAUCCGACAAAGGUUGGGUCAGUGCAGAUCAUAUGCAAAAUCAAAGGUCGUCCAUGUUUUUACCAUCAUCAUUGGCCUCUUCUAAACCGGAGACCGUGGCUUCAAAGUCUCCUGAAGGAAACUCUAUUGUUAAUGCUUGGUUUUCUUUGGAGCCCGUGGGUCAAAUUCAUUUGACCAUGAAUUUUACUAAAAACAAUGUUCGAAAGCGUCCUUUGGAUGCAGGGUUAGGUCGACAAGGUGCAAUUCGUCAGCGCAAAGAGAGCGUGCAUGAGGUUUACGGACACCGUUUCUUGCAACACCAAUUCUAUCAGAUUAUGCGCUGUGCUUUAUGUGGUGAAUUUUUAAAAAGUGCCAUUGGUAUGCAAUGUAAAGAUUGUCUUUACACAUGCCAUAGAAAAUGCUAUUCCAAGGUUGUAACAAAGUGCAUUUCGAAGUCUAGUGACUCAUUUUCGAGUGAAUAUGAGAAAAUAAAUCACAGAAUACCACACCAUUUCGAGUCUCAUACAAAUAUUGGAGCGAACUGGUGCUGUCAUUGUGGUUAUAUUCUCCCUUUUGGUCGUAAAAAUGCAAGAAAAUGUACAGAAUGUGGUAUCACAGCACAUGCUCAAUGUGUUCAUUUAGUUCCUGAUUUUUGUGGAAUGUCAAUGGAAAUGGCUAACCGCGUCCUUUCUGAAAUUCGUACUACUAAACAAAAAGCGACUAACUAUAACAAGAAGCCUAACAAUCUUGCACCUGCUUCAACAACAGCAUUUUCAGAAGAUAAAGCUAGUCAACCUUCGCCAGUUGGUACGCUAAAUGAAUCUCCUCCUACUCCUACAUCCCAAAAGUUUUCAAUUGAACCCAUUAAAAGGAAGCCGGUCCAUGCUGGCGCAAUAGAGCUUUCGGGUAAAAAGGGUACAAAAGACCAAGCUCCUAAAGGAUCGAUUACUAAAGAAAUAAAUAACAAAAAAGAGGGAGAUGUUUCUGUAAAGGGCGUAAAUACUAUAGUUUCUUCUCGUGAUGCUUCUGUCCCUGGUUUUACUUAUGAUGGGAAGCCAAAAAGAAUUGGUUUGGAAGAUUUUAAUUUCUUAACUGUCUUAGGAAAAGGAAAUUUCGGAAAGGUUAUGCUGGCAGAGUAUAAGAGCAAUAAGGAAUUGUACGCAAUAAAGGUGUUGAAGAAAAAGUUUAUUCUAGAGAAUGAUGAAGUCGAAAGUACCAAAUCUGAAAAACGUGUUUUCCUCGUGGCUAAUCGUGAGCGUCAUCCCUUCUUAGUGAACCUUCAUUCUUGUUUUCAAACAGAGACAAGAAUAUAUUUUGUGAUGGAUUUUGUUAGCGGAGGAGAUUUGAUGUUACACAUUCAACAACAGCAAUUCUCUAGACGUCGCGCUCAGUUUUACGCAGCAGAAGUAUGUUUGGCAUUAAAGUAUUUCCAUGAUAAUGGCAUUGUCUAUCGAGAUCUGAAAUUGGAUAACAUUCUUUUAAGUCCCGAUGGCCAUAUUAAAGUAGCGGAUUACGGAUUGUGCAAGGAAGAUAUGUGGUACAACAAUACGACUGCUACAUUUUGCGGAACACCUGAAUUUAUGGCUCCUGAAAUUUUAUUGGAGCAAAAUUAUACUCGUAGCGUGGACUGGUGGGCAUUCGGUGUUCUCAUAUAUCAAAUGCUUCUCGGUCAAUCCCCAUUUAGAGGAGAUGAUGAGGAAGAAAUUUUCGAUGCUAUUUUAUCUGAUGAACCUUUAUAUCCAAUUCAUAUGCCUAGAGAUUCCGUUUCCAUUUUACAAAAGCUGCUCACACGAGAUCCUAUAAAGCGGCUCGGGUCCGGCGAGAAUGAUGCUGAAGACGUUAUGGCUCAUCCAUUUUUUAAUAACAUUAAUUGGGAUGAUAUUUAUCAUAAGCAAACUCAGCCACCUUAUAUCCCUCAACUUGAUUCCCAAACAGAUACCAAAUAUUUCGAUGAAGAGUUUACUCGAGAAUUGCCGGUUUUGACGCCAGUUCAAUCAGUUUUGACCGAUAAGAUGCAAGAGGAGUUUCGCGGUUUUUCUUACUUUAGCCAUGAUGAUUCAACAUCUAUUAAAGCGUAA